UCCUUUUUUUUUUAAUUAAUUAUUUUAUUUUAUUUUACUCUUCUUCUCAUAAAUUUCCUCGCUUCUCUCUCUCUCUCUCUCUCUCUCUCUCUCUCUGAAAUUUGAGCGAAAUUUCGUGCUCCAUUGCAUCCAAAGAUCAUCUUCAAUCGCGGUAGUGAUUGUAUCUUCUCAAAAGGGUUUCUUGCAAUCGUUUCUUGAACCAUUGCUUGAAGCCUAAGGUGCAUCUCCUCAACUGCUGCUGUGAUUGUUCCUUGCCUCUAGUAUGGACAGGGUUCAUAAUUCUUUGAAUGUCCAAAAGAAUUUAAGAAGCACCUGAGCUGACACCUGGUUGCUUCUGGCCUUUGGAUGAUAUUAGUCCGUUGCCACUUCUAAAGACUCCAUUUAAGAAUGCCGAUCACAUUCUUGAUGAUUUUUGUGCCCUCUCAAGAUAGCAUUUCUCACGUGAAAAUUAAUGAAAGGCACUACAAAGCCAUUGUGAAGGCUUCUGAUCUUAGAUCUUUAGAAGUACAGUGAAACUGUCGCACUUGCAAGUUACCACUCUCAAAAUGGAAAAGUAUAGACUAAUAAAGGAAAUUGGAGAUGGAACUUGUGGAGUUGUUUACAAAGCACUUGAUCUUCAAACCAAUGAUGUGGUUGCCAUCAAGAAGAUGAAAAGAAAAUAUUUCUUUUGGGAAGAUUGUAUGAAUCUCCGUGAAGUUAAGGCUCUUCGUAGAUUGGACCACUGUAAUAUUGUCAAGUUGAAGGAAAUCGUUAGAGAGAACAAUGAGCUUUUCAUUAUUUUUGAGUACAUGGAGUGUAAUCUAUAUGAAGUCAUGAGAGAACGAGUAACUGUUUUUUCAGAGGAAGAAAUUCGGAACCUUAUGUCUCAAAUGUUGCAAGGGCUUUCGUAUAUGCAUAAAAAUGGUUUUUUUCACCGUGAUUUGAAACCUGAAAACCUUUUGGUGACAAAUGGCAUCAUAAAAAUUGCUGACUUUGGUUUGGUAAGAGAAACUAUGUCAAAGCCUCCAUACACAGAUUAUGUUUCUACACGAUGGUAUCGAGCACCAGAGGUGCUGUUGCAGUCUUCUUCAUAUACAUCUGCAAUUGAUAUGUGGGCUGUUGGUGCGAUUUUGGCUGAGCUUUUCACUUUAUCUCCACUUUUUCCUGGAGAGAGUGAAACAGAUCAAUUACACAAGAUAUGCGCUGUUCUUGGAACACCUGAUGGUAGUAUUUGGCCUGAAGGAAUGAACUUUUUACGUGCAAACCAUUUCAACUUUUUUCAGUUUCCACCAGCUAAUAUCGCUGAUAUUAUUCCAAAUGCUAGUUCAGAAGCAAUUGAUCUGAUUUUGCAACUCUGUUCCUGGGACCCUCUUAGGAGGCCCACAGCAGAGCAGUCUCUGCAGCACCCAUUUUUCCAUGUCAAAACAUGGGUCCCAUAUCCUCUGAAGGAUCCAUAUUAUCCAAGAUUAAAUCAGACAGUCUCAGGAGCAACUCCAAAGUUAGAAUUGAAUCUCUGGGAUUUUGGCGCUGAACCAGAUGAUAGCUUUCUUGGCUUGACUUUGGCUGUGAAGCCUAGUGUUUCUGAUCUAGAUUCUAAGAACCGUGUCUCAGGGCAACCGCAAGAGGAAUUACUGUUUUGCUCCGGUUUUCAGGGCCAAUGUGCACAAUCAUUCUUUUGGCCCCUGAUAUCUCCGGAUCGCAAUGCUAUGAACAAUGCGCAGGUUAAUCCUCCAGUAUCUUCGUCGUACCUCACGAGCAGCCAAGCCAUUCAACCAUCUAUCGGCAUUCCCGAAUCCUCUGGAUAUAGCUUCCCUCAACUGCAGCCGAAGAUGUUCGACUUCGGAUCACUUCUGAACAUAUCCUCACCACUCCAACAAAGAACCUUCUUUGAUUGAAGAUUCAAGACUGCAUUCUCUCAUUUCUAACAAUUUUCUUCUUCUGUUCUUCAGAAAUGUAAAUAUGUUUAAUGGUCUUGUGUUGCUCUUUUUUUUUUUUCUUUUUUAUCUUUUUUUUCAUGUGUGAUAUAAAUUGGGUAAAGUUCAAUUAAGAGAAUUUACUGGAUGAAUAAUGUAAAUUCA